AUGGAGGGAAACUACGACAUUGUUGGACUCAACUUCGUCAUUCAACCCGUCUUAUUCUGCCGCGAUCCCAUUCAAGGAUCAGACGUCGUCCGCUCUCAAUACCGCAACCCAGCAAACUUCCUCGAUCACGACACCCUCUUCGAUCUCCUCGCCAACACUCCCGAAGCUAAUCACGCAGGCCCCAUGUUCUUCAGCGAUCACGGAACUCCCCAAGGAUGGCGCUUCAACCACGGCUACGGCUGCCACACCUUCAAGUGGGUAAACUCCAACGGAGAGUUCGUCUACAUCAAAUACCACUUUAUCGCAAAGCACGGUCAAAAGCAAUUCACCGAUAGUGAAGCUAUGCAAAUGUGCGGUGAAGACCCUGACUACUCCAAGAGAGAUCUUUGGGAGGCUACCGAGAAUGGUGAGGAGAUUGAGUGGACGGCUCAUGUGCAGGUCAUGGAUCCUAGACAAGCGGAUCUUGAUAAGCUUGGGUUCGAUCCUUUUGAUGUUACAAAGGUUUGGCCGCAAUCGCAGUUUCCGAUGAAGGAGUUUGGAAGAUUGGUGCUGAACAAGAACCCUGAGAACUUCCAUCGCGAUGUGGAACAAGCGGCUUUUUCGCCUGGCAGCAUGGUUCCUGGUAUCGAGGACUCGCCUGAUCCUCUCCUUCAGUUCCGCAUGUUCUUCUACCGCGACACUCAGUAUCAUCGCAUCGGUGUCAAUCUGUACCAAAUCCCCAUGCGCGUUGAUGCCAAUCACGCGGACAACAAACAAUAUGCCCCCAACAGCUUCGCUCACAAGUUCAGACCUGAUGUUGCAGAGACGCCGUAUCAGGUCAGCGACAAUAUCGCAACCAAGGGUCUUCACCGCGUCAAGUUUCCCGAGAUCCAGAGCGAGUACUUGGCACAGGUGUACAACAUCUCGGAGGAUUAUGCACAGGGCAUUUAUGAUCUUCUGGACCAACCUCAAUUUGAGUUCUCCAAAGUCAAGGAACUGGCUGAGACUGCGCAGGAGUGGUAUAAGGAGCCCAAGUUCAGGCCUGGUCCUGGAUCAAAAUUGGCUGGAUAUCCUCCGUCUUCGGCCGUUUACCAGGCAUAA